AUGAGCCACACACCCAUAUCCAAACCCGUUAACCCAAAAUCCAGCUUCUCUGCUCCUCCCCUUCCGCCUUUCCCUUCUCCGUUCACUUCACGCGCUAAGCCUUCUCCCGAUCGGGGUUCCGACAAGAAGAAAUCACCUGCGGAAAAGAGCUUUCUUGACGAAUCCUCCCUCAAAAACCCGGAUCUCAACCUCUUUUUACUCAAGGUGCUAUUGAAGCUGUCGACUGUGGUGCUUAUGUGCGUAAUUCUGAUUGCAUUUUUGGUGGUUAUAAUGGCUAUAGCAACCAGCAAACUCUUUCACAACGAAAUGCCUGUGGACUGA